AAGUUCUACAAGAAGCAGGACAGGUUAAUUGAGUCCCUACAGUCAACAAUGUCCCUACUGAAUGAUGCAGACGGUGAGAUGGAGGAGCGUAACAACAUUUUGCGACACCAGAAUCGAGUCAACAACUUGCUCAUCAAGUUCACGUUCCUGCUUAAUCUCCUCCUUUUGAGCAGCAAAAUGGCCGCAUCCAUCCUUUCCCAUUCCCUCUCCGUAAUCUCUUCUCUCAUGGACAGUGCGGUCGACUUAGCCUCCGGCUUUACCCUUUGGCUUGCGGCCCACCAGAUGCGCAAGUCUCUGCCCUACAGUUAUCCCACAGGACGCAAACGUCUGGAGCCAGUGGCAGUGAUCAUCCUAUCGGUAAUAAUGGCCAGUGUCUCAGUUCAGAUAAUGGUGGAGGCGGUGCAGACCAUCUAUAACAUGGCCGCCCAUAACCAGGGUCCUCCAGUCAUGAGUGAUCUCACAAUUGGCCUUGUCGCUUCCACGAUCGUGGUGAAGGUAUCCCUCUUCCUGGCUUGUUGGAAAUUCGGACGGGGGGAAUCAGUGGCGGCUCUGAAGAACGAUCAACUGAACGAUUCCCUCAGCAACUCCAUCGCACUUAUUUUCAGUACCCUCUCCGCUCGAAUCGAAGGAGUGCCGUAUCUGAAGUACUUAGAUCCCUCUGGAGCCAUCAUUAUCGGUGCCUACAUCGUCUACAGUUGGUGGAAGAUGGGUGCAGAGCACACGCGGAAUCUUACGGGCUACAGUGCGGAUCCGGCGUUCUUACAACGCAUCACUUUCAUCUGUGUCAACCAUCAUCCCUCCAUCGAGCGACUGGACACCGUUCGUGCCUUCCACCUAGGCAGCAACUUCAUGGUGGAGGUGGAUAUUGUUUUGCCACGUGAUAUGGAUUUGCACAAAGCUCACGACAUCGGAGAGUCGCUCCAACAGAAACUAGAGUCGUUAGACGAGGUAGAACGCGCCUUUGUCCACCUGGACUACGAGUUCGCCCAUCAUCCAUUGACAGAGCACAAAGUUCAAUAG